AUGGCGCCUGGCACAACACCAUCAUCGCCAGCCAUCGCCCAUCCUACGAGCAACGAUGACACCAUUACUCUGUCGCCUCAGCCGCGGGCUGCUCCCUCGAGAUCGAGCCAAGCGAGCCAAGACCCGGCCAAGAGCGGCUGCUUGAAGCGCUUCCUCAACAUCGUCAUCGCAUCGCUGGCCCGCUGCUUCGACGCCAUGAGCUCCUCGACAAAAGCCGCGCUGCUGCGCUUCUUCCGCUGGCUCGACUCGCCGCUGGGCCACGGCGUCCUCAAAUGCACCUUGGCCUACACCAUCGCCAGCCUGGCCACCUUCCUCACGCCGCUCUCCAACUUCCUCGGCACGCUCGACGGGAAACAUGUUGUGGCAACAAUCACCGUCUAUUUCCACCCGGCUCGGUCCACCGGCUCCAUGAUCGAGGCUGUCCUCAUUGCCGUCGUCGCUAUCGCAUACGCCGAGCUUGUUUCGAUCCUCUCCAUGGUUGUCUCGGUCCUCGUCGGCUCCGUCAUGGGUCUGGUCACUUUGGCGCAUGUAUUGGUCGUCAUACUCUUCAUUGGCGGUGGCUUUGGCUUCAUGGGGUGGAUAAAGCAAAAGAUGGCAAACCCGCUCGUCAAUGUCGGCAGUACCUUGGCGUCACUGGCCAUCAUCUCCGUCGUUACCAAAGAAAAUGCCGUCAUAUCAAACGUCUUUUCCAACCAAAAGAUUGUCCAGGUCUUUAAGAUGCUCAUCAUGGGCAUUACGUCCACGGCCGCCGUCAACGUUUUAGUUUGGAGGGUGUCGGCUCGCGAUCUCUUGAGGACUUCCAUGGCAAAGGCAACCACUUCUCUCGGAGGCAUGCUUUCCACCAUUUCUGCGAGUUUCCUGAAAGGAGUCGAGGAAGAGCAAAUGUCUGCAGAAUUCACUGCAUCCUCAGCCACUUACGCAGUCACCUACCCACAAAUGCUCAAGAACUUGCGAGAGGCCAAGUUUGAAGACUAUCUCCUUGGUCGAGAGAGGAUUUAUGUCUUGCAGCGAUCCACUGUCAAGGCCAUUGAGACCCUGGCUCGCUCUAUAGGCGGCUUACGCAGCGCAGCUAAUACCCAGCUGUCCCUUCUCAAGCUGGCCGAGUCAGACGACGUGCCGCCUCCCCUGACGCGCUUCCUGACAGUCUCGUCACUAGGAGAUUUUGAAGGCAUAUCGCCGAGUAGUUCGAGCCCGAGAGCGGCGGCCCAUGUGUCAAGCAGGCCUAAUUCGCCAGGACAACGGCCUAGUUCGUCCGCCCGUGAUCACGAUGAUGGCCCUACCCCGUCAUCUCUCUUCAAAUUAUUUGUCGAUUUGAUAGGUCCAUCGAUGGAAGCUUUAACACAAAGCCUUGUCCUGAUUCUCCGAGAGUCGCCUUUGGGGUCUGCGCCCAAUUAUGAGGUUCCCAUUAGCGACGAACUGCGGCAAUCGCUGACGGAGGCCCUGUUUCAGUUCAAUGUGGCGAGAUUCGAUGCCCUACGGCAAGUGUACAACAUGAUUGAGCGAGAGAAAUCUACAUCGAGGCAAAUACAGGCCGGCUUAGAGGAAGUCGCUGCUGCCUGUGGACAUUUCAGCUUCAGUCUGCAGACGUUUGGCGAGGAAAUGCAAAAGUAUCUGGAUAUUCUCGACGAUCUCAAAUUUGUCAACGAGCACAACAAACGAAGCUGGCGUUGGAUACUCUGGUGGAGGAAAGACGACACCGAGCCCAUCAGGAAGCGGGAUGUGCCCAGAGGUAUUCCGGAUUCCAUGGUUCUCCGUAGAGACACGUACAAUUGGCAAGCAUCGCCUAAUGCUAGCAAAAUACUAUCCGCAAUUUCGCAGUCUAUUCUGAGAUUUGUGCGGAAAAUUGCCCGAGACGACAUUCUCUUUGGGCUCAAGGUUGGCAUUGGCGCAUCUCUUUGGGCAAUGUUGGCCUUCUUAGAGGACACUCGAGACUUUUACAACCACUAUCGUGGCGAGUGGGGGCUUUUGUCGUUCAUGAUUGUCUGCUCCAUGACUGUCGGCGCUUCCAACACUACGGGCUGGGCUCGAUUCAUGGGGACAUUCUUCGGUGCAUUCUUCUCCUUGUUCAACUGGACAGUAAGCCAGGGCAAUGCGGCGGCACUCAUCGUACUUGGGUGGCUAGUUGCCUUCUGGAAUUUCUAUCUCAUUGUCGCUCGCGGCAAAGCUCCUCUGGGUAGGAUGACUAUCCUGGCGUAUAACGUGUCGACACUGUACGCAUACAGCCUGAGCCAACGGGUUGACGAUGACGAUGACGACGAGGGUGGCCUGCACCCCAUCAUGAUGAAAAUUGUAAAGCAUAGAGUUAUUUCGGUCACGGCGGGUAUUCUUUGGGGCCUGAUUGUUUGUAGGGUCAUCUGGCCCAUCUCGGCCCGUAGAAAGUUCAAGGAAGGUGUCUCGAUGCUUUACCUCCAGAUGGGUCUUAUCUGGAGGCGAGGGCCCCUUGCUAUCCUUCUCCGCAGCGACUGCUCCGAAAGCUACCUCAAGUCCGGGGAGCAAGUUGCCAUGCAGAGAUACGCCAACCGCUUGGAGAGUCUUCGACAAUCGGCUGCAUCAGAGUUUGAGCUUCGCGGGCCGUUCCCGAUGGAGACGUACGGCCGCAUCAUGCGGAGCACAAACCGGAUCCUAGACAGUUUUUACGCCAUGAGUCUCGUAGCACACCGGGAUAGAAACCUCAGUGCGGGCGAGCGCGCCUUGUUAGAAUACACGGCAACGGAGCGAGCCGUCCUGUGCGACCGCAUAUGCCACGUCUUUCAAGUGCUUGCCAGCUCCAUGAUGCUGGAAUAUCCCCUGACCGAUGCGGUCCCGAGCGUCAUUGGCAUUCGCGAUCGGCUGCUCGCCAAGAUUUUCCAGUUUCGCAAAGAGCACUCAGUCGAAGCCAUGAGAAACCUUGGUUCCAUCCCGGAAAGAGAAGUCGACAAUGGUGAAGGCAGCCAUGAUGCCGCCGCGGCUGUCACUCCCAGUGACGCUCCUGUGAAUGCGGUGGUGGCUGAAGAGAAAGAUUACGCUCUCCUUUACGCGUACACGCUGGUGACUGGCCAGGUUGCCCAGGAGCUGAAGAUUGCAGAGAAGGAGAUUGAGAAACUGUUUGGUGUGCUCAGCGAAGAGUCUCCUCUGCUUGUGUAA